AUGCCUCAGCAUACCAUCGUGUUCACCGGGCCGGCGGAUCUGCGAGGAUUGGCGGGUCAGAACCUCGAGGGAUGUCACUUGCAUUUCAAUGGCCCUUUCCGAUUCAGCGACUUGGCAGAUCUGGAUCUCAAAGACGCCAUCUUGAUCAUCAACCCACAGGGCUCUGGUCAAGGCUUCGCACCAGGCUAUCUCAUGCAGCUUAACGAGCAGCCAACCGCUACCGACGUCGAUGGCGGUAACCUCGUGAUCCAAAUCUCCAAGAACAACAGCAAGAGAAAGCGCUCCGGAUCAGACGAUGGACUGCCAGAUCCUGCAAGGUUCCGGCGUGCAACAUCCCGAGCUUCAGCCAGUCUUACCUCACAGGUCGACAUUACAGAAGAUAGACUUCGUCACGAUGAUCUCGAGGACAGUGAGAUGGAAACAUCGCCACCAGCCAAAAGAAAUGCGACUCAGAAGAUUGACGAGAUCCAUCCUGCCCGAGCUCGCAUGAUUUCGGACAUGGCUAAAUACACCCAGGCGAAUAUGACCGACAUGCCUUUCAACCGUCUCGAUCAGUCUGUCACAAGUACCGACUGGCAGACAUCAGUCCCUCUUGAGGUGCAAUACGGGUCAACGACUUCAAUCACCGAGCCGCGGGGAGCAAGCGAGCCGGGUGUACCGGGUGGACACAUUGAUGGUAUGGCCGGAUUGAAGCGAGCUGCAAUCCCCGCCACACGCAGCACAUCUUUGCAGGAAGGAGACCUCACCCAGACGGAAGGCACACAUGCUGCUGACGUCAGUCUGAGGGUUGAGCAUUCAAGCACACCAUCCGAUGGCACCGAGUCCAGCUACCCGGGUUACCGUUGUCUCUGGAUCGAAGAGGUCGUCGCAGCUGCUACCGAGCAGGACAUCAGGGCACUCUUCCCAGAGUACUCCGUAGACCGGGUUGUGAUGCUCAACAACGAGGCUCUUGGUGGUUCGACAGGAUUUGUGAUGGUCACUAUGGCAUCCGUAGAGGAUGCUAGAUCGGCUUGUCUUGCACUUGCUAAUGCCAAGCUGCAUGGCAGAAACUUGUUCAUCGAGCAGAUUCCCCACUCACCGAUCGCCAGCGAUCGCAUUGCUUUGUAG